UUGAAGGAACCAAUCUGGAAGUAGGUCGGACCUCUCCCAUUUGUAUUGUUAUGCGUCGUAGUAGGUAGUAGUUGAAGAGAUUUGCCGGGUUUCGGCACGUGCGUUCUUCCUUUUGGUAAAUUCUUCACUUAAAUUGGCCUAUGAGGUUCCAACCAUGCUUGGCCUUUAUGCCUGGGGAGCUAAUAGUCAUGGACAGCUGGGGCUCGGUUUCUGCAAUGAGAUGAUAUGUGAACCGCAGCGAGUGGAUGAACUUCCUGCUCAAUUGUGCGAGUCGGCCAUCACAUGCAUUGUGGGUGGAGGAGGUCACACACUCAUCCUCACCAACUCUGGAGCUCUAUUUGGGGCUGGCUGGAACAACUGUGGCCAGGUUGGGGAAGGCAGUGCCAGUCGAUGUGUGCCACUGUUCCGAGAGUGCCGGGGUCUGGAGGACCAAGUUAUUGUGGAUGUGGCAUGUGGCUGGGCACACUCGGUGGCAUGCAGUGCUUCAGGACACGUCUGGGUGUGGGGUAGCAACUCCCAUGGUCAGCUCGGCCUGCCUCCUGAUGAGGUGCCUUUCUCAAGUCUACCUAUCUGUCUGGAGCUGAGCAACGUAACUUGUGUUGCUGCUGGCCUGAGACACACUGUUGUUUCUACAAGAACAGGUGCGGUGUACACAUGGGGACAGGGCCACAGAGGCCAGUUGGGGCACCUCAAUAACGAUGGCCUCAUGCUCAAGACACUCGCCGUGCCCAGACUACUCACCACCCUUGAGGCCAAGGUUCGUUCAGUGCGGUGUGGCCAGAACAUGACCUACGCCAUCACUACCGAAGGCAUCCUACUCGCCUGGGGGGAUAACAAGUGGGGGCAACUAGCCCAUGACCCUAGAAACUUGAUGUUCUUCACGUGUCCCCUGACGAUCCCGUGCAAAUUAUUUAUUCCUAGUUUGUUGACUGUCAACAAAAAUUAUGAAGUAGACCAGCUAGUGUGUGGGUCGGAGCACACGUUAGCCCUGCUUCUCUCCGCGCCUCCCAAUGCACCACAUCGCGGCAGCAAGCAGCUCUUGAGGAGACAAUCCCUGCCCACAAAAACAUCCCCUAAUUUCCUCCUGCUUCAGAGCCUCAACGAUAAACGCAAACAUGACACCUUGCCUAGAAUAGACAACGGAGGAGGCCUCGACAACUUUUCUAGGCAGACACCUCCAGGUUCGUCCAUCUUUUCUUCAUCUCUGAGUCCUGCGUCUCCCAUCAACUCAGCAUCUUUGGAAACUGUCGCCACUGAUAGCGACUCUGUGUCUACAGCCAGCAACAGUAGCUCGGCACUGAAGGAGAGCUUCAGCCGCGCCGAACUUGGUGUCUCGAACUCCCCUCCGAGUGACGUCGUGAUGACGCAACACGCCUGUCAGUUGUCUCUGUCCAGCGUCAAGAGCCUUAAACCUGAGGCCUUCGAUGAACCCUGUACAUUGUCCCCCAUCGACACCCCAAGAGCGUUAUCACUGCAACCUCCCUCUAUGAAUCUUAGUCAGAUCCAGCCUAGAGUAAGUGAUGGCAGUGGAGUUAGACAAUCCAGCGAAGCCUUACCAUGCACCGUGUCCACAGCGGCCUUACAAUCCACAAGUGACCUUCCUCUCGAUGACGGGCCGCAUUUAGAGCCCAGUCAGUCGCCAAGAAAACAAGACGAGCCGACGCCAUACCAAGCAAACUCAAGGCUUGCCGGUAUCUAUUCCUGGGGCUGGAACGAGCACGGCAACUGCGGUCUGGGCACAACUGCCAACGUAACCAUGCCCCGACGCGUGCCCGUGAAUGGCAAAGUGCUGCUGCUGGCUGCAGGCUCCGGCCAUUCAUUUGCCCUCAUCAGGAACUGCACCAAAGUUGCUCUCUAGUGCCUGAUUCUCUUUAGUCUUGUCGCUGUCGUCUCUGUAGUGACCUUAUAGUGGCUAAUGCAAAACGAUCGUUAGCGUUUUCGCACUUUUUGAAGUUAUUGUACCUGGCAUGUAUGAUAAAUUAUUAGGAAAUUUGAUUGGGAUCUUAGUUAUACUUCUCUACAAACUGUAUGAAGCGAAUUGGAAAAAAUUCCUGUUAUUGCCACUAACGAAAAUAGGAGAACGGUUGCAUGAAAGGUUUGUUUGCCGCUCUUCUUAGUCACUUUGAUGUCUUCGUGUACCGCCAGUAGGUGGCGCUAGAAUCGUGGCACGCACCAUGUUGCUUGCUGUCUUUCUCUACUUGUGAGCUUUCAUGAAGACUUCAUUAUGCCGUGUUAUGUCGUUGCUGCUUACGUUGGUGUUGUUGAAACGACUUCAGUUGUAGAAGCGACCUCCAGGAUAUUAUCUACAUGGAUUCUCCCUCAUCUAGUUCUUAAUUAAUCAACUGGAGCUUCCCAGGCUAUCUCCCAAAGUUUAAUAAAUAAUUUAAGUGCAAGCUCUCGUUAUAUAUGAACACUAAAUGACGCACAUAAAUAUAAACAAAUAGGAUUAGGUACUAUUUCAUUUGUAGAAUCGCUUGUCUUGUACGCCACAUUCGUCGCCGCACUCAAACUGCAGUUCUGAGUUUUUCAUGAACUUUCAGCAGAAUUCCACGAUGAUUCAAAUUCCUCUUGCGCAAGUAAUAAAUAAUGUCUUAUAUGAUGGGAUAUACCAGCGAUUUCUGUUCAACCUAUCGCCUAUUUUGCUCAUGAAAACAAACACGACGUAAACCGAUGGUAUGUAUGCGUGAAAAUGCCUCUUUGCUAGUAUAACAUUUUUACCGCUUUAGCUGUAUUUCUCUUGAAUAAUAUAUGCAACUAUUCCCCUUCCUGUUCUGGAACCGGUUGUUAAACUCCUAUUAUUUCUAGUCACUGUUGUUUCGAUGUAUCGAUGCUUUGUGCGCGCCUAAAAAGUGAGAAAGUGAGUAAAAAUAAUUGAAGUGAGUGAAGAAGCUAUCAAUUAAAUCAGACAUUUCUCAUAGUUGACACACACAAGAAGCUGAUCGAGCACAGAUGCAAGAAGUUCUCCUGGAUAUAACAUCUAAACUCAACAAUUUUCUCCACCUCUAGCUGUCUUCAAUGACUGAAGAUAUGGCUUUUAUGGUUUAUUUUGUGAUAAAGUUGGAUUGCGUUUGUAACUCUUAGAAAUAAUCGCAACGAGAUCAGUACAGUACCGGAAUUUGUUGUCUCUCUUAAUCCACGAUUCCUAUGACAACUUGUAUAAUUGGCAAGCCAAUCUGUGUUUCUGAAAUCUUUUUGACCCAUUUGAUUCGACUCUGCUCAUUGAUAGGCUCGCAUCGCAUUCGACCUUAAAAAUUUAGAAAAAUUAUGUCGCCAGAAUUGUCAGCAUCUUUAUCCAUUUUCUCAGCCGAUUCGUGAAGACUCUUGUUUAUUUAAAUUAAGCUGCGGUAGCUAAAUGGUUUUACUUGAGCUCGAGUGUUUCGCUUUAAUGUUUAUUGCAAGAAGAAACACAUUUAUUGAGGUGCGGUAUUUUUUUUGAGCGGUGCACUGGCUUUUUUCACAUACCGAUGUUUUAUUCAUUGUAUUUUUUAAGUAAUUAUUUUUGCGAGGAUAUACCAGUUGGUCUUCUUUUGUGAUUAGUGUGUUUAAUUGUAAAAAUAACCAUUUUUCUUUUUGUAAGUAUUCUUUCUUAUGAACUUGGACAUCUAGGAUACUUAAGCUUUUAGGAAGUUCAGCACAUUUUGGCACCAAAUGUUGGAUGUUUGCCUAAGUUACCAGCCGCGGUGCUAGUUUGUACCUAGUGAAGUUUAAUCAGCUGUCGAUGCUGUGCAAAGUUAUCUCUAUUCCCUAAAGUGAUCAAAGUCAUUGCUGAUUCAUUAUUUAUUGAAGACAUUCCAUUCAUAUUAUGGAUUAAUUUCAUAAUCAAAUAAUUUGCACACUUAGUACCAUUUCUAGGUGAUUGAUUAAACACUGAUUGAAUUUAAUCUCUUCUAGUAGGUUUGCUUCUAGAACACAAUUUUUUGUAAUUUUUCUUCAUUAAAGCGUUUAGAAUAAUUUCUUGCAUUAACAUGGACUCGGAUUCAGUGACAUAAUAAUUUCUGUUUAAUUUAACUUUGAAGGAGAGUUGCAAUGAAUAUUUUAUUCAAGCUUAUUUUAACCUUAUCUGCGCACAUCAUUGUUGUGAAUACUGUUAUAAAUAUUCAUUAAUCAUUGUUUCUUAUUUUCUGUAUUGGUUUUGAAUUCCUGUGAUUUUCCUUACUUCUGAGUGUCGCACAAGGAAUUUUUGCGCGUGUUGGUACGGGAAUAUUAUUGAGUUGAUUUGUUCAUAUAUUAAAAUAGGAAAAGCAUGUCUCUCCUAUAACAUUCAUCGUAUUCAUGUAUUAGUUUUAUCCUAUUACGUACAUGAAUGUUUUCUGAAGCUUCGCGACUGAAAGAGUAGAUUUUCUUCGGCACUUGCAGGAUAACUUUUUGAUUUUCUAAUGCUGGCGAGUUUUCCACUGAAAGUGUACCGAGUAUCUUAGUAGCAAGCCGCUCAUGUUACCAUUUGUUAAUAAGUUUCAGUUCGUGUCUUGGUUGCCAGUGGUUGUUUCAGUCAUUAAAUAUUAGCAAUACUUUCUGAUGUUAACUGCCAAGUUUACACGUCAAUUUACUUUGACGGGGUUCCAAUAUGAAAUAAUAUGUUCCAAUUAGAAAUAAUUUACACAGUUCCUGUUCUAAACUCUUUUCCUCUAUGAAAUGAUCGAGUUAUUUCCGAAUAUUCAGCUUCAAUACGGUGACUGUCUGAAACCAUCAUUUCCUCUUGUAUCUGAUUGAUAACUUGAUACAUUGAUGAAUAACAUACAAUUCUGAACACAUUGUGUGACGGCUCACGGUUGGCGACCAAUUUAUAUUAACAGAAAACAUUUUUUACAUAGUUGCUGCUCAUUGCCAAGACGUCAUUGUUGUUAUAUAUUGGCUAUGAUUUAUUUAUUAUUAGGCUCCCAGGUUGCUGUUGUCAUUACUUAUGUAUUGGCAAUAAUGUUACCGAUGUGUUUUUUAUCGCUGCUUGUUAAUUGUAGAGCAGUUACCAUUCAGCACUCCUUUUUUUGUGUUAAGAAAAACAUUUGCUUACGUCUUUGAUUUACAAUGUCGUAAUUCAUGAAAAUCAUGAAUUAUUGACGUUUCAAAAAUAUUUAUCCAAACGCGUCCACUGCCGACAGUGACAUUUCCCCAUUAUUUAAAAUUGUUGAAAUUUAUUUUUUAACGGUCUGAUUAAAGUAUCUGAUGAAAAAAUUCUCUGUCAGAUCGUUAGCGUAAAAUUGGCAAUAUAAAUUACUUGAAUAAGCCUGCGAUGCAACAGCUCGUGAGUAGUUGACUCUAAGAUUCUCUCUAUGCAGCAGUAUUAUUUGUAGUCAAGUCAACCAAAUAAUUUCCGUGGCCUCUUCUUUGCAUAAACUUCAUUUCGAAACUAAAUACUAUUUUUGUUCUCGGUACGUAUGCCUUCUUCAUUCUCUCUAUUACUACCUAUAUAGCAAUUUUUUUUACCACCAUAUUUUCUGAUGAAUGCUGAGCUCGUUAGUUGCGAUGAAUUCGAUUCAUUCUGAAAUUUAUUGUAGAGCUAAAAUAUUCUCUUCCCAAUUACACUGAUUAAAAUGAAACUGAAAUUCUCUUCGUAAUUCGAAAGCUUAAUUACGUCACUAAUACAAAAGCUAUUUCUAUGUCAGUUAUUGUUAACUGAUCGCGUGUCCAUGCGCGAUCAUAAUCUCCCGGAAAUAUUUAAUGCAACUCAAAGGACGAUAAAUACUUUGCUUUCAUAUUUCUUUAAAUCUGAGCAUGAAAUCGCUUCUACUAUUUUCAGUAAUUCAUUAAUUCAUUUUAAUUAAUGCUACAUGAAUUGGCGGCCUCUUCAUCAGCAUCUGAAUGUUGUUUAUCGUUUAUAUGCACGUCAAAAUAUCUACUUGUUCGGCGUGUUAUUAUUCAUCUUCUGCAUGAAUAACUGCGAUGUGAAGCUCUUCAGUCCGGUAUGUUUCCAACAUGAACCUUUCUUGUAUGUUGGGGGCUGGGGGAUUCAAGAUGUCUCGCGGGCGCAAAUUCGACCUUUUUUAAUUUCUUUUAAUGGAAAAUAUUCUAGCGAUGUUGAUUCACAGUGUAACUUGCAACUGAAUUAAUUUGUUAACAAAUCAGGGCUAAGCUAAAUUGAGUGAUGUUCAUUAGGCGCCGUGCCAUAAACAACGUACUUAUCCCGUUAUCGGGCCAGUAACUAUUUAUGGUAAAGUUAGUUAACAUGUAUGGACCUAUGCACCUGAUACGACUUGAGGGGAACUUAUUUAUUCAAUAUUAUUAGUAAACCCAAGUUGCGAUGUGAAAUGUAAUACAAGCAAGUUAACAAUACAAGGUAAUACCGCUUCCUGUGUUAACCACUGCUGCUCAUGAUUUUGUUGACUGGUAGACAUGAUACAGCGACUUGUGGUGGGCUUCACUCACAGAAAUAAGCGAGACUUUGUCCAAAUAGCGAUGCAGUUUUUGUCCAUGUAUGCGCCAUCCUCACCCAGUCUGGCUUGGCAAAAGAGCACAUAAUGUCCGUUGUUGUGCGUAAGAUAGUGCGUCACUCCUUGGACAACGUGAUUCAGUCAUUUUCUGAGUGUAGAGUUGGAUUUUUCUGUGGUCUCAUGUAAUCAAAAAUGUUGGUGGUGCUUCUGCCCCCAUGUGUUCAUAUUAA